AUGGAACAAGCACGUAAUUGGAUGUGGACAAAGCGAAAACAUUGUUUGAAUUCUCCUUUUUUAGCAUCAACCAAUCCUUCAUAUGGUGAUUCAUGGGAGGAACAAGCUUUUGCAGAAGAUGCAGCCGGAACUCUUGGAGGGUGUAUAUGGCCUCCAAGAUCUUACUCUUGUAGUUUCUGUAGAAGAGAGUUCAGGUCUGCUCAAGCGCUAGGUGGUCACAUGAAUGUCCACAGGAGAGAUAGAGCCAGACUGAAAGAGUCUCCAAGUCCACAAAAUGAAAUUCUCAGUCAUGAAAAUAGUUACAACCAUAUUCUGAAUCCUUGUACAUCUUUGGAUCUUCAAUACCCAUCACAAAUUUGUACCUUGUUUUACAACCCUAAUUCUGAUCCUGAUCGUGGAGUAUUUCCACCACCUUCCUCACGUUCUAGGGUUCAACUAAUUCAAGCUCCACCUACACUAACAAAUGGUGAUGAAAAGACCUUCGUCUCUCCUUUCUGUCCUUCUAUUUUCAAAGACUACCACAAGAAAACCUCCAUAUCAUCCUCUCCAUGGGGGUCAAACGUCGCUGUUGACAGAAACCUCCAUGUCUCGGAUUUAAAGGAUGAAGAAAAGAAUUCAAAAACUUUUGAGUCAAACAGUGGGAUUAGUGAAGAUUAUAUCACAACGGAUUUGUCUGCAAGCUUGGAUUUGGUUGUUUGUCGAACUCUUUCACCUCCAUCACCAUCUGGUGCAAAGGAGGAGGCUUUAAGUUUCAAGAGGAGGAGAACUGAGGGCAUGACAUUACCUUUCUUGAAUAAACCUAGUACAGUUGAUAGACAUCAUCACCAAUCAGAGGUACUUGCACCCAGCCGCCCUAGCUCCAUAGAGGAUUUGGAUCUUGAGCUAAGGCUUGGUACGGCCUAA